AUGGGCAUGCUGAGCAACGCGGGAGGACCUGGCCUAUGCGAUCUUCACUUCCGGCUCAACAGGCACGGCGCGGCUUUGGCUUAUGCCUGGGCCAAGGCCGAAGUGGAGGAGCUCGGGCCAGGCAGCCGCCAGCUCCUGGGAUCCCACUUCACCUUCGACCCGGCCCAAGGUGACGUUUUUGGAGCCUUGACUUUGGGUGCCACGCUUGUGGCGCUGCCCCGCUCGACGGUCUUGGGUGCCCUGCAGGAUGCCCUCAGCAGCCACUCGGUCUGA